AUGGACAUGCGAUCGGCGCGUCGCCAGCGGGGCAGCUAUGACGUCAGCGCAUCGGACAAGCCGGUGAUCGGGAUGAUCAACGGCCUGGCCUACGGCGGUGGCUCGGUACUGUCGUCGUCGCUGGACAUUCGCAUCGGUUCCGACGCGGCGCGUUUCCGAUUUUUGGCCGCGGCCUAUGGGCGCAUCAAUUCCACCUGGACACUGACCAAUCAGGUUGGUUGGCCCCAGGCCAAAGAGCUACUGUUCACAGCCCGUGUUGUGGAAGCAGAAGAGGCUUAUCGUAUUGGCCUGCUCAACUACCUGGUUCCGGUUUAUCGCCUGCGCGAAAAAACGAUGGACAUUGCCACUCAGAUCGCCACCAACGACACUCCAUCGGUGAUCGGCAUUAAGCGAUUGCUGCUCCAGCACAUGGGCGGAAGCCUGGAACAACAGUGGGCCAACGAAAGAGAUUUUCACCACCAACGUGCUUCGCGGCACAUUGGCGGAAGAAGCAUUCCCGGAAUUUUUGGCCCGGCGCGGCCGACCGGUUAG